AUGGUGUUCGCGCUGUGGAUCGGCUACAUUUUGCAGGAGAAAGUAGAAAGCAUCCUUUGUUUGCAAGAUGGCGGCAGAUUGGCCAAGUUCUUUGAGAACCUGUCAGGGUUGCGGGUAGAAGACAUAAAGGAUGCCGAGACGCAGCAGGAGAACGUUCAGAACAUUCGAAACGUCUUCGUGGCGAUCGAGCGCUCGGGGAUCCCUCUCGCGGCUCUGACCUGUAGCGACGAGGAAGUGGUGGAGGGCGAUCAGGACAUGAUACUGUCCUUGAUCUGGGAUCUCACAGACCACUUCUUCAUCUCCCCACAGUUCCCUUCCUCCUCGGACCACUGGAAGAGCGCCUUCCUCCGCUGGUGCCAGGAGAGGUGUGAGCCUCGUGGCGUCUUCGUUACCGACUUCCAUCAGAGCUUUCAGGACGGCAUGGCCCUUUGCGCUAUAGUUGAUUCUGCGCUGGAGGACAGCUCGGUGAUCGGCAUGCUGACUCUCAAGAGCGCAAACUCAGCGAAGAAUCUCUCCCUGGCCUUCGAUGCUGCUCACAGACUGCUGGACGUGCCGAAGCUGCUGGAGGUAGAGGACCUGCAGCACGAGACUGUUGACGAGCGAAGUGUGCUUCUCUACCUCGCUGUUCUCAGACUCGCGGUAGAGGGGGAGGAGCUACAGGCCCCCGCAGCCUUGGAAGCUCACGAGCAGCCUCAACUUGCGAGUCAACGUGUCGCAGCCGACAUGCAGGAGUUUCCCUUGAAUGAACGAGCAGCCGCUCGCUCCAGCAUUCAGCGUGCGCUGUUGGGUCGCGCCGACGCUCCAAAAGGACCGGAUGAUGGCAGCUCGCAGCUUCUCACUGAAGAUCUGACGAAAGUUUCUUCCCUGCUCGACGAGCUCCGCGAGCCGAUCAGCAUGGUUGCCGAGAUCCUACAGCGAGCAGGUGGCGAAGAGGCCAUGGACGCAAAGGCUACAUUCAGGCAGCUGACCGAGCGGAUGAAGAGGCUUGUUGAGGUGCUUCCCGAUACGCUAGAGUGCACGCAGGAAGCAUCGAUCCUCAACGACUCGAUCCAGAUGGAGUUCAGGAGGGUGCGAGCGAGGGAGGAGUUCGAGGAGGCGUACAUCUCGCGCGUAUGUGAGAGGCAGAGGCAAUGCCAUGGCAUGUCGAUCGCUCUGCAGUCGCAGAUACGAUCAGAGUUUGAGGAGCUGCGACAGCCCGUGCGGCAGCUGCUGCAGAUCCUCGAUGAGCGGGAGGCUCAUCUGCUCCAGCAGGUGGCUGAGAUUGAGCAGGACAAGACCGCCAUCCUCAAGCAGGCGCAGACGCAGGCAGAGCGCGACCUUGUCAGGUUGCAAGAGGCGGAAGCUGAGGCGGACAACCUGCUGAAAUCCAAGAUCGCAUCGGUUUCGUGGUUGGAGACAGGCCAUCGAGCUGAGAAGAUCCUCAAAGAUUGCGAGGCUGGCAAGGUGGAUGAUAAGCAGGACUUCCCCGAUCACUUUGUGGACUUCUGCUGCACCCUGAACCUUCGCCUCCAGCACAACAUCAUCCAAGCCUUUGCCCACGUGCUCCGAAACACUGAGUUUGAGGAGCGAAAGCUGCUGGACCAGGCGGAGUUGCUGGCGUCAGGCUCGGAAGAAGUGGGUCGGCUGGGCUCGUCUCGCGGGGAAGGUCUUGACGUCAUCAGAAGACACUCGAAGCGAACGACCGGGGCCGGGGAGUUUGAGUGGCAGCUGACAGCUGAAGGUGAGUGGGUGAAGAAAAAAGAAGCGGAAGAGUCGACGGCUCUCGAUAAGAUCAUCGCGCAUGCCAAGAAGCUUCCAAUCCGAGAAGCCGACGAGUAUCUCUCGCAGGAGGCCAUACAAUCUGUGCUACAGGGGUCAAGAAGUUCACAAUACUCGCAUGGCAUCGUCAAGGAGGCGUACAACCAAGUGAACUCCAACUAUCUCUCCCUCCCCACCGAUCUUCAGGUCUCGCUGCUCCUUCCCUUCUGUGCUUGGCAACCUUCACCUGCUUGUCGUCCUCCAUCCUUCGCCCUGCAUAAUCAUCACUUCAGAUCUACUUGGCCGCACGCCAUGCCCAAUGAAAGGAGCGCUGAGGGAACUCUAGAGUUUCUCAGGUGGUUCCAGCUGGACUCGGAGGACUCACGGGUGCUGUCCAGCGCCUCAGUGGCUGUUUGUGCCAUCGGUGGAUGGGAUGGAAAUCAGAACCUGAGAACUAUCGAGCUGAUUUCCCCGGGGGACACUGACUGGCGGAUGUGCACGGAGAUGAGCAGCAGUCGGAGAGGAGCUGCCGCUGUUUCAGUUGAAGGAGACAUAUGGAUUCUUGGAGGGUGGGACGGGCAGAACUACCUUAGGUGGAAGCAAGUGGCCGACAUGCAUGAGGCUCGCUGCUACGCCUCAGCGACUGUCAUGGACGGCAAGAUCUACGUCGCCGGAGGGUAUCAUGGGCAGGCAAGCAGCCUCCUCAUACUGCGACUCCUCUCGCCCUCUCCUCCUCCCUACUUCCUUCUGCUCCUGCUGCGACAGCUCAUUCUACUUCUGAGUUAUGUUGGGGAGCAGGUGAAUUUGGACUCAGCCGAGGUCUGGUCUGCGGGCGAGUGGCACAAGAUCUCGAGCAUGUCGACUCCUCGCCGAGGCCUCGGGCUGGCGGCGCUCGAUGGUCACCUGUAUGCCGUGGGAGGAUGGGACGGGAGGAAGAACCUGAGCUCGGUCACCAGCUGCAGUCCAGCUGAGGGUAUUGAUGAGGUUUCAGGUCGAGGCCUGGACGCCCUUGACGGGGAGCUGGAGGAAGAUCCCGGACCUCUCGACUCCUCGUUCCUCCGCACCAAGCGCAACCCUGUGGGCGAGUGGAGGACGCUGCCGCCCAUGAGCAUUGCCAGGAGCUACGCGGCGGCAGCAGCUUACGACAACCUGAUUUUCGUGCUAGGAGGGUGGGACGGGACUGAAGGAAGGAGACUGGAUAGUGUUGAGUGCUUCCUCGUUCACGAGCAUCGCUGGAUCUCCUUCCCCCGCAUGUCGUGCCCUCGCUAUGGGCUAGCAGCUGCGCUGGUGAAGCAGAACUAG